AUUUUUUCUCCUAUAACGCGUGGCAUUUACUUAAGAAUCUUUCAGUUCAGUUUCAGUUAUACAGCAGAGCUUGCUUCAAUUUACAGUCUUUGUUCCAGCACUAAAAUUAUGGACAUAAAUAAUAAAGUAGGCGUAGUAACUGGUGGUCUAAGAGGUAUUGGGUAUGUUAUUGUGCAACAUUUUUUACGACGAGGGGCUAAGUUCGUAGCUAUUUUUGACCUGGAUGUAGAAGAACACGAGGAAGUUGUCAAUGCUUUGAAACAAUUAGAACAAGAGUUUGCUGCACAAAGAUUUAGUUACUAUUGUUGCGAUGUUACGAAUUUCAAGAAGUUCAUUGCCUGCUAUGAUGAGGUUUAUACUACAAAUGGAGCUGUCGAUAUUCUCGUUAAUAAUGCUGGUGUCUUCGCGGAGCAUGAUCAAGAUUUAACAGUAGCUGUAAAUUUCACCUCAGUUAUUCAUUGUACUAUGCAUGCGAUCGAACGCAUGGGAACAAACAAAGGUGGCAAAGGAGGAGUUAUUGUUACGAUUGGUUCCAUAUGUGCAUUAAUAUCUUUAUCAACUAUUCCUGUGUAUAGUGCAACAAAAGGUGCACUCGCGUGUUUUGUGAGAUCCACAAAGGAUUAUAAUGCAAAAUACGGAGUACGCAUAGUUUGCUUGUGUCCAGGUAUGACUAAAACAAAAAUGACUCAUGCAGUAAAGGCUAUAAAAAGUUACUGUUUAGACUUUGUGCCUCAAAAAUUUAUUGAUCAACACAUUUCGAUGCAUCUUCAAGAUCCAAACAGUGUAGCAUCAGCCGUUGUAGAAAUUGCUGAGAAAGGGAAAUCUGGCGACAUUUGGUUGCAAUGCUGUGAUCAACCUCCGGUUGAUUGGGAAAAUAAAAAAGCAGUAGAGCAAUAUUUGAAGCUAUUAAAAUAAUUUAAAGAAAUUUGUAAAAUUUUGUGCUUUGGCUAAAUGAAUAUUUAAUUAUUGUAAUAAUAAUGAAAAUCAUGAAUUGUACUUGCUAUGGUGGCACGAACAUGACCUUUGAUACGAGGCGAAUUUCACAACGUUAGAACUUUCAGAAACAAGUUAUUGUUCGAAUUCUAUUUUGCAAAAAAAAAAAACGUUGCAAAAUACGAAGUUAGUGAAAAAUAAAGAGCAGAGAUGCAAGGAAGGGAGGAAGAGGAAGCGAAUAAAUUGUAUGCUCAUUGAAUAUUAAUGCA